GUCGUACUGCCGCUUCGCAUCCGUCGGUGAUAGUUGCUGGUCAAUGACGUUGCUGACCGACCAUUAAUGAGCUGCUGCUGCGAUGUAGGGUGGGUGUCCUCACCUAUGCACCGUGUUUGUGUAGGAAGCAUAAUCUACAGCCAUCUUGGGGGCAAGAGGAGAGGGAGGGGUACCGAACAAAGGAGGGAGGACGUGAGGGUUCGACAAAAAGACACAACAGAGACAGACAGCGUCGAGAAAUGACGACUGUUUCGAGUGUCAAGUAGACAAAGUUUGAAAGAGAAAAGCAAGCGUCAAGGCCAGAGUGGGUGAGGCGUCAUUUUCAAUGAACUGGAAGGCCGAAGGUUUUGGCGCGUGCAUACAUGCUCCAUGCAUACAUAUGCAGGUCAAACUCGGUGGAUUCGUCCUUCCUUCCCACAGUAAACGGUAGUGCCGCAUACUUGGGUGGUUUCAAGGAGGAACUGGGGGGAGAGAGGGUCGGCUCUAGCGUGGUCGGGACUCAUCAUCCCUCGCAUGGGUCGUGUGGAAACGAAGUUUCAAGCGGGCUGAAUGAAGGUGGAUGCGGUGGUUGUGUUCUGUUGUUUUGGUGGUGAUGACUGGUGGUGGUGGUG